AUUGUGCCACAUUUACAGGAAAUGAGUCCAUUUUAAGUGAAGUGAGAACACCCCUUGUUACGGCUAACUCCGUCAAUCAUGUCACAGAAGGUAUUGCUGAUUAAGCUGCUGUUGGUGCAUUAUGCAACCCAGAAUCAGCAGGAAAUGCAAACUGCAAACUGCUAUGAAGAUGUUGUUCUGAAGUGUGAGUAUCCAGGUGUUGACAUUGACACUGUGGAUUACCACUUUGUGGCAUGGUACAAGCUCACCAACCAGAAGAGAAAAAAUGGAAUCAUCAGAAAGGCUAAAGAUGACAAUACCACGAAGUACUACAGCUACCGUCGUUCACCCCGACCCAGUUUUGGAGAGAAACACAGUUUGUUGCUCCCCAGGGUGACAACUGAAGACUCAGGCACCUACGAGUGUUGCAUCGGUGCAAAUGUGGGGAGUCAAAAUCAGGAUCUUACAGUCAACCUAAUGGUUCACGCGUGUGUGACCCAGGCUGACCUGACAACAAUGACAACUGUGUUGAACACGACUCAGUCCGAAGCAGACUGCCACAAACAAGUGGAGGACCUGCCAGUCAUGUGGAGCAUUAUAGGCUAUGUGGCAGUGGGCCUAAGCAAAAUCGUUUUAUCUCUAAUCAGCAUUUGGGUUAUUGAAGCUGUUCGUAUGAGGUCUUCAAGACGAUGGCGACAUUAGUGAUAAAGCGGACCUGUGAGGAGAUCAUGUAAAUAGCGGACAAAUCUUCAAAAUCAGCUAUUACAUGUGAUUUUAUUGUUGCAUUUCUUAUGUACUGUACUUCACUUGUUUUCAGAGAUUUUUUUUUCCAGUAAAGCAUCCUCAGUUUGUAAAAAUAUGUCACUCUGCUGAACCAAACCACCAAACAACAGAACAGACAUGAGAGGAUGCAAGGCUUAUUUAGUGGUUCAAAAACCAGACACACACACACACACACACACACACACACACACCAUGCACACACUUCUACAGGUGUAAACAGCAUUUAUUGUAGUAUAUGAUAGCUGAUAUUGUGAUAUUGUAACAUUGAAUGUAUCUGUGUACAGGGAUUUUAACAAACUUUGGAUAUGCUAACAGAGUUUAAAUGACAAAGCUCAGCUAAUUAUUUGUGUUUUUAAUUGUGCUGUUAAUUACUAUGAAAAAUAAUACAUUUACUUUUCACGGUAAAACUAGAGCAACUGUACCACGUUAUACUUUAGUUCCUGUCAUGAAUAGAAAAUGAUACCACUCCGAAAUGACUAGAACCACAAACACCAAUAAACAUAUCAACAAGCCGUUAUCAGAUGUA